AUGAACUUAUCCCUACAAGAUCCCUUUGCCGUGGCUAAGGAGUAUCCAGAGACGUUAGUGCAAACUCUUCAUCAUGGACACGCAGUGGUGAUCCAGUUUAACGUCAAGGGGGACUACUUAGCGGCGGGUAUCAGCGAUGGAAGAAUCAUAAUCUAUGAUAUGGUUUCGUACACCAUCGUUGCAGUUCUACGAAAAGACGGCCAUGUCAGACAGAUAACAUCGCUUAAUUGGUCUCAGUGUGGCCGCUACCUUCUUCUGUCCUCCCAAGAUUGGUGUUGCAUUCUUUGGGACUUGAAGUAUGCAAACAAGGUGGGUGUUGAUAAGAACCCAGCUAUGCUUCGAAAAGUCAGGUUCGACUCGCCCGUAUGGCUGUCUUCGCUACAUCCAAGGAACCCUUUCAUUUUCACAGCAUCAUUAUUUGAGGAUGACCCAGUACAUGUGGAGCUAAAGGAUGAGCCUGUGGUGACAAAGCUUAAAACAGAACCUCUCCAGCAACAGGAGACUGAAAAAGACGAUAGCGAGCCAAAGAAGAGAGAAACCAAACACAUGACUCUCGUAACGCGGUUCAGUCCCCAGGGUGACUUUGUUUUCACCGGUACAAGUAAAGGCUGGUUAAAUAUCAUGAACGCCGAGGACCUAAAGACAGUUCACCUGACGAAAGUUACAAACAGCAAUAUCAAGACGCUUGAGAUUUCACGUAAUGGCAGAAAGUUGGCGGUGAACUCCUCAGAUCGUGUGAUUAGACAAUUUACGCUCCCAGAUAUGAUUAAUAACCAGGACCCUUCAACUUGGGAGUUUGAGAUUGAGCACAAGUACCAGGAUGUCGUCAACAGAUUACAGUGGAACACUGUGGCAUUUAAUCAUAACUCAGAAUUUCUUGUUGCGUCGACGUUUGGCCAAAGUUCACAAGAUUUGUAUCUCUGGGAGACCCAGAUGGGUUCUUUAGUGAAGAUUCUCGAGGGAAGCCACGAAGAGCUCAUCGAUGUCAAGUGGAACUACAACAAAUGCAUGAUUGGCUCGACAGGGCUCGAUACGGGGGCGAUAUACCUCUGGCUGGUGCAGUUUCCAUCGAAAUGGAGCGCUUUAGCACCGGAUUUUGUGGAGAUUGAAGAAAACGACGAGUAUGAAGAGAAGGAAGACGAGUUUGACAUUAUAGACGAGACAGAGGUGAUCAAAAAAAGAUUAGAAGAAGAAGAUACCGAAGUGGAUAUCAUAAAACGUGAAACGACAGAUGCCCGUGGCUUCGAUACCGAGAUCGAGUCUUUCGUGAUCCCCAUAGACUACGAGAAGCCAGUGGUAUAG